AUGGAUAUUCCAAACGGCGGAAGCCCCACAACUCUCCAAUCGCCAACGGAUACCGGCCUUACUGCAGUUUCUACCUCAGGAAAUUUUGUCGCACCUGACAGAAACAGUCCCACGGAAAAAGUUGACUCAACUUCAGACAGUAGUUUGCACCCCUAUUAUCAAUUAGACACGAGGGCCUGCAAUGGCAGGUUUUCAAAAAUCAAAUGGCCAUCGCACAGUAUCCCAAAACUAAAUGGACUCUUCUCAAGCCUAUCAGCGAAGCUGGAAAUUCCCUGGGAGUUAAGCCAAACAAAGGCUGACAUAUUUCCCUCGAAAACACGCGAUUUAGAGUCCUGCGGAACCGGGUACCCACUGGUUGCCGCAUUUCUGGCUAGCGAGUCUAGCUUUAGUCUUUACCGCGGCUUCAACUAUCUUCAUUCUCGUGUCCUUCUAGACAUGCAAGCUGAGUUGCAGUCUCUGGAAAAGGAGCUUGAUCGGGUAGAUAAGCGUGACCGCACAAGCGAAGACAAUACUGUCAGCGUACGGCUAGAAUGGUGGAAAAAGGACGUUGAGGCUGGUGUGAUGGAGGCGAAAGGGAACAUACGAGGCCGUCGAGAUAUCUUGAGAGAUAUCAAAAAAACACUCAUGGAAUACGACGAGGUUCUGGUCAAGGCUAGGGAAACAGGUGCCUUCCAAAGACCAUCAGACCGAGAUUACUAUAGCGUCAGGGCAUUCUUCAACAACGAAGAGCCUUUGGUGAGCCAUGACCGGCUCCCGUUCCAUUGUAAAGAGGAUAUAAUUACGCUCCGUCAAGGACGCGAAUGGGCUGUUUUUGACGGAUGGGUGGAGUCUCUACUGAAGAAAUGCGAUUCUAAGCUGGUACGGAAGAUAUUCCGGUCACCGGAGCUGGAUGCAAAGACAAAAGAUAGUAGUAUCUUUUACUACGAUACCCACCGUGUGGAGAGAUUAGUCGCGCUCAUCAUCACGAGCAUAAUCUUCGUCCUACUCGUUCUUCCAGUUUUCGCCAUGUACAAACUCACCAGCUUCGGAGACCGCUCCUCUACCUUUGAUGCUAUUGGCGUCUUGGUCGUUUUCACCUUGCUCUUCUCCGCCGCCAUGUCAUCACUGACAAAGGCCAAACGCCACGAACUCUUUGCCGCAUCAGCUGCGUAUUGUGCCGUGCUUGUGGUAUUUAUUUCCAAUUUUGGCGAACCGAACCAGGCAGCAUGACAACG